UAGAUAAGUUCUUUCAUGUAUUCCGAUAUUGUACAAUGUUUCAGGGCUAAGAGUAAGACUAUCAAGUCCUCACAUGGAUAACUCUGCCUGGCGACCAGAAUGCGGCCAUUGCCGCAGCACCCCGACUCCUAUUGCAAACUGAUUGCUCUUCUAUAAGGAAUCGAAAUUGGAAAGAUGCCUGCUUGCGACAUAUCUAAAAUUGUUUAUAGUCUCAUCUGUGUUAUCCUCAGAAGAGGCAAGAUUCUGGCUUCUCGACUUCUGACUAGUCGAAUAUCUAAUCUUUGUUCCGAGUGGUGACCAGAGUAAUGGCUACCAAGUGUCUCCUAGUGGAGCUGAACCUUACUUAUUGUAACCUACUUAUGUAGGCGCGAAUCACACAAAGACACACUUAAUUGUUUUCAAAAUCUAGUAGGCGUAACAUGUGCACACACAAAAACUCGAAAUAUCGAAUAACCAAAAGCAGCUAUUACUGGUAUAAGUGAACAAUGCCGUUCUUGAGGCGUAGUCCCAGUGAGGAUCUUACAUAUGGGACUGAUUGGGAUGACGAUCAUACACGGCGGCACUUUAUCAGUAAGGUCUGCAGUAUUGUUGCCUUGCAAAUGGCUGUAACGACUAUAAUUACAGCCAUAUUCCUGUUCGUCGAGUCAGCCAAUGAUUUAUUAAUGGAAAAUUCAUAUAUAAAAUGGAUAGCAUUAGCUGGGACUUUGCUCACCAGUUUAAUAUUAAUUUGUUGUAAUUCAGUCGCGCGAAAAGUUCCAAUUAAUUACAUAUUGUUAUUUCUAUUCACCGGGUUUAUGGCUCUCGGAGUUAGCUGUAUGUCCAUUUAUUAUACAACACGAUUGAUCCUCUACGCUAUUGGAAUCACGCUCGCCAUUUGUAUAGCACUUAGUUUAUUCGCGAUAUUUGCACCAUGCGACUUUACUGGCUGGGGCCCUUACUUGUGCGUGCUGUCGAUAGUGCUUGUAUUAAUGGGAUUACUUGCGUUCUUUAUAAGAAAUAGAAUCCUGUCAUUGGUCUACUGUAGUCUUGGCCUAAUAAUAUUUUCGCUUUACCUAGUGUAUGAUAUACAAUUAAUGGUCGGCGGUCGUAGGAACGAGUUUAGCGAAGAUGAUUAUAUUAUUGCCGCUUUGGGUAUUUACAUUGACAUUAUUUAUAUAUUCAUUAUGAUUUUGGGUAUCUUAGGUCUAGUUGAUGCCUAAGUUGUGAAAUUCGAUGUCCGUGAAAAUAAAAAUCCACAUUUACGAUUACAAACAAAAAACUGUUUGAACAAGCCUCGAGCGUGCGAGAGUUCCUUAACAUAAA